AUGGCCGUCAACAUGAAAUACGUCGAGCUCGCGAAGCAGCUGCACCCGCGCCUCUCGCGCUUCUUCGCCAAGUACCCCCCCUCCCAGAUCCUCCCCGACUCCACGAGGACCAACACCGUCAAGGACGGCGCCACGCCGAACCCCUUCCUGCCGCACAAGCACCCCGUCACCGGCAAGUGGCAGGACCCCGAAUUCUCCCUGCGGCGCCAGGCCGAGCUCGUCAAGCUCGCCCGCGAGCAGGGGGUCGAAGAGCUGCUUCCCUUCACCUCCAAGGGCACCGAGGAGCGGAUACGGCACAGGGUCGAGCACGGCCUGAGGGUUCGCGGCACUGGUGUCGGCCAGUCUGUCAAGGGCCACCAGUACGAGAGGAUGUUGCCUGCAAAGAUGGAGAAGAGGAGAGAGGCUAUGCUGGGCAUGCCGAGACUGGUCAGGGAAUGGCGGAAGACACCUCGGAGCAAGUGGAACAAAUACGCAAAAUAG